AUGAGCGUAGGCGUAGGAUUAUACAAUUCGCCAACUUGUGAGCUGAAAACCGAUCAAUCUUCGUACUUUUCGUUGCACAUGCCUUCGACAUACAUAUCCAAUGACAAGGCAUGCGCAGGAUAUUUUGACGUGGAACCACAAAAUGAUGGCAAAACUCCUUAUUUCGAUGCCCAAAAGUGCCAACCUGUCGAGACGCCCUAUUUUGACUGCGAACCAGUAGAUACUCCGUAUUUUGAGGAAUUGAAGAGGAAAUCUGAAGCAAGACUCAAUGGCGGAGUUGAUGGCACGAGUUCGACUCCAGCAUGCACGUCCUUUUGCACUUCAAACAAUACCCUCGAAUGGUUGAGGACCGCGUCUCUGCAUUCGUCGCUCCCCCGAUCCAAGUUGCUCAGACAACCCAACAAGCCUUCCGUCCGACCUUCGUUGCAAUCACUGACUUGCACCGCCGCAUCACCGCCCGCCCAGUCAUUUCACAUCGUUUCCGCUAACGAUUUGGCCGACCUAAUCAGGCGACAGGCAUUGAACGAAUCUUUGGGAAAGACGUUUACAAAUUCCGUCAUUCUCUUGCUCGACCUUCGAGCCUUUUCCCAAUUCGCUGAAAACCAUAUCCGCAUGGCUGUCAACAUUUGUGUUCCUUCGACUUUGCUCCGCAGAGGCUCGUUCACGCUCGACAAGGUGUGUGACAUGCUCGUCAGUGACUAUGACAAGCAGGUCUUUGGCGAAUGGGAGAAAUUCGAGAAUAUCGUCUUAUACGACAGUGAUACGCAAGACCUAAAGGAGGGUUGUUCUCUGACCCAUUUGUGCAAGAAAUUCAAAUUGUCUGGUUGCAAAGCAAACAUUGGGUGGUUGAAAGGCGGCUUCAUGGCAUUCUGCUCCAAGUACACUGAUCUCUGCGAACACACUGAAAGUAUACCAUCCGCGUUCCCACGCCGAACCUUCUCUGCACCAGCACUCAUGCGAAAACCCGGAGCAUUCACCUGUCCAACUCCUGUUAUUGAAAUCGACGGCGUGAAUCCCUUUUUCUCAAACAUAAGGCAGAACUACGAGCUGAUUGGAGGAAUAACAGAAAAAAUUCCCGUAAGAUUUCCGGAAGGAGUUCGAUUUGAAGCGAACGACUUACCGGCAUUUUUGAGGGAUAUUUGUUCGGAAAAUGGAGGGAAAGAUCGGCUAGCCGAGGCGUUUUACGAUAUUGAACGCACGGAACAACGUCGACUUCAGUCGUUGAUGCUUCAGAAUGCCAACAAGCCAACGGCAGACUUUGCAUAUUCGAUUUCUGCGGGUAUAGAAAAGGGCACGAAAAACCGCUACAAUAACAUUUGGCCGUAUGACCAUGCCAGAGUUAAGCUUGGCGCGUGUAAAGGUGAAUGCGACUAUAUCAAUGCGAGCUACGUUCAAGCAGACGAAUCGACCACAAGAUACAUUGCAACACAAGGACCCAUGCCAGCUACAUAUGAAGAUUUUUGGAAAGUUGUCUGGGAGCAGAAUUGUUCGGUCAUUGUUAUGUUGACUAAAGAAGAAGAAGCUGGAAGGAUUCAAUGUCACAAAUAUUGGAGCGACUGUCCCAAGACGGCUUGCAAAUUCGGCAAAUUGUCUCUUUUAAACGUUUCCGAAAACACUUUGCGCGACAACACUGGCGCUUCAGUAAUAAUACGCAAGUUUUCUCUAACGAAUUCGGACCAUGCCAACGUCCCACCUCGCAUAAUAACCCAACUGCAUUUUCUCGUAUGGCCCGAUUUCGGCGUUCCCGAUUGCCCGUUGCAGUUAUUGCGUCUCAUCAACAUGGCCAACCAGUGCCAGGCCGAGUCUGGAAAUACCGGACCUAUGGUCGUACACUGUUCUGCAGGGUGCGGACGAACCGGUGCGUUCUGCACGGUUGACACGGUUCUGAAAAUGUUGAAACAGAACGAGAAUAUGCGAGAUAUACAACAAGAUGUGAUCAAAUACGUCGUUGAAAAGUUUAGAGAACAGAGAUUGAGCAUGGUUCAGAACUUGAGACAAUUUGUGUUUUGUUACGAGGCGGUCAUCUGGGCUUUAUUAGGAGCGGCGUGA